AUGGAUGUGAUCACAACAGGCCAAUGUCACGCGACGUGGAAGGACAAAGUCACGGAGAAGCAAAUUUGUCUUCUCGAUUUGAAAGACCAUUCCUCAGUUGCUUGCAAUACAACCGAUUUAUCCAUCGACUUGGCUAGGAAUCUUUUGAUUGAAGGUUCUUUAGUAUUGUCCAAACUAGAUUAUUGCAGCUCAGUAAUAUUUGGCAUAUCCCAGAUGCAAAAAAGAAAGCUGAUGAAUCGGGUUGCCAGAGUUGUAACAAAAUAUGAUAUCUGCAUCAUCAAAUUUGAAAAGCCUUCACUGGCUUCCAUUUCAUUAUCGUGCUCUGUACAAAAUGGCUGUCGUUGUCUUCAAGGAGAUGAGGGUGGUCCACUAGUGUGUGAGGAGUCCCCUAAAAAGUGGAAACUGGUCGGAGUGGCCUCAUGGGGCUCGUCCUACUGCAACCCCUUACGCCCAUCUGUUUUAGCAGGGUCUCUGCCUACAACGAGUGGCUCGAUUCUUAGGUCAAUUCCUAAUCUUGGCAAGCCCCUUUCACCAUGUGCCCGUAAUUUGGCUGGCCCUCAACUGAAAAGAAUUAUUUUUUAA